UAUAAAUUCAACACAACGAAACCUUCAAAAACUGAAGAAUCCAUCCCCAUCCUCAUUUCUCUCCCUUCACAUUUCAUUACCAUAGCUUCUUCUUCAAUGGCGACUUGUCUGCUCCUCGCACUUCUUCUAUUCUUCAGCUUCUGUGAAGCUAAAGAUAUCGUGGUUGGUGGCAAAAUCGACGCAUGGAAGGUACCUUCUUCAGAAUCUGAUUCUCUCAAUCACUGGGCUGAGCGUUCCCGUUUCCGAAUAGGAGAUUCUCUCGUGUGGAAAUGUGAUGCUCAGAGAGACUCGGUGUUGCAAGUGACUAAGGAAGCUUAUGCUAGCUGCAAUACUUCGAACCCAGUUGCAGAAUACAAGGAUGGAAACACCAAGGUGGAGCUGGACCGGUCUGGGCCCUUCUACUUCAUCAGUGGAGUGAAGGGAAACUGUGAGAAAGGUGAGAAGUUGGUUGUGGUGGUUCUGUCUUCAAGGCACAGGCUCAUUUCUCCGGCACCUUCUCCAGCGGAGUUUGAGAGUCCAGCCGUUGCUCCAACAAGUGGUGCUUCAAGCUUGAAGGGUGGCUUGUUGGUCGUUUUAGCUGUUCUAGCUUGGGGGUUGUUCUAAUUCAAAUUGCAACCUCGGAUGUAUUGGACAUGGUAGGAGCUUUUUGUUUAUAUGUUCUAGGGAUCAUUUCAUUUUUUUCUUGCUAUAUGAUGUUCAUCCUCGGCUGAGAUUUAUAGUUACAUAAAAUUCAGUUUGCCAA